CCUACUCAGCAGAUAGGGACACAAAGUAUUGAAUACCAUUUUCCAACCAUCAAAAUAGAAUCAAACUCCAUUAGGGCAUUUCAAUAUUAUCUGGAAAAUCACUGUACAAGGCAUCAGCAUGAGAAGCUGAAGAUUGUUGAAGAUAGAACAGAUUUAACAAAAGAAAAUAUGGGUUUUGGAUUUGGUUUUCUUGUCCACCUUUUUUGCUCACUACUUGUGUUGCAGCUUCUCGAGAUGACUGAAGUAUAUGGGGAAAAUAUCGAAAGAGUGGGUUAUAAUAAUCAUCUUCGAAUUCAUGCCGGUAGGGAUGAAAAUUCUGGGAAGAAUUUACAUGAAUAUUCAAUGUCACAUACGAAUCACUUGGAUCCUGAACUAAAUGUGUUCUUUUAUAUCAAUGAACUUAAAGUUGGGAAGAAAAUGCCUAUCUACUUCCCAAUAAAGGACCCUUCAACCUCUCCCCCUUUACUGUCCAAAGAAGAAUCUGAUUCUAUUCCCUUCUCAUCAGAAAAACUUCCCUAUAUUCUUCAACUAUUCUCCUUUCUAAAGGGCUCAAAACAAGCCAAAGCAAUGGAAAAUACCCUUCAACAUUGUGAAUUCCCACCCCUUAAAGGAGAAACCAAGUUUUGUGCCACCUCUUUGGAAUCCAUGCUCGACUCAACUAGAUCCAUAUUCGGAUUCAAGGUCAAAUUUAAAGUUCUUACAACGACUCAUCUUACAAAGUCCAUUACCCUUCUGCAAAAUUAUACUAUCUUGGAAGUGCCCGAGGAGAUUUUAGCUCGUAAAAUAGUGGCAUGUCACACGUUGCCUUAUCCUUACACGGUUUUUUAUUGCCAUAGCCAAGAAAGUGAUAACAAGUUGUUUAAGGUUUCAUUGGUUGGGGAAGAUGGAGGAAGAGUGGAAGCUGCUGCAAUUUGCCACAUGGAUACCUCACAUUGGGAUCCCGAACAUGUCUCGUUUCGCGUGCUGAAAACUCGACCAGGUGCCUCUCCGGUGUGCCAUUUCUUCCCAGCUGAUAACCUUAUUUGGAUUCCAGUAGUCUAGUUACAGAAGUGUGCAUGUUUAUAUGUGUGUUAUAGCACAAAAUGCUAUAGGCAUGAAAUACUUUUAUCUUAUUAUGAUGGUUGUAUCUUAAAGAAGCUGUGUAAUCCUGUGUUUGCAAUGCUACGGGAGGUUUUUGGGCAAAAUCUUUUGA